AGAGAACAAGACGAUCACAGUUUCGCCCGGACACUAAUUCUGUGACACCUCAGCGUCCGACAGCAAAACAAGGUCGACUGGAAAGUUGAAGUAAACCGAAACUCUUGUUACCGGCUAACAUGCUAACAGAGUGAUUAGAGCAGAAGCUAACAUGCUAACAGAGUGAUUAGAGCAGAAGCUAACAUGCUAACAGAGUGAUUAGAGCAGAAGCUAACAUGCUAACAGAGUGAUUAGAGCAGAAGCUAACAUGCUAACAGAGUGAUUAGAGCAGAAGCUAAAAUGCUAACACAGUAGUUAGAGCAGAAGCUAACAUGCUAACAGAGUGAUUAGAGCAGAAGCUAACAUGCUAACACAGUAGUUAGAGCAGAAGCUAACAUGCUAACAGAGUGAUUAGAGCAGAAGCUAAAAUGCUAACACAGUAGUUAGACCAGAAGCUAACAUGCUAACAGAGUGAUUAGAGCAGAAGCUAACAGGCGAACAGCUAGCUGUCUCUCAGCAGCACAAACAUCUGCUCAGUCCGGGUCCAGUAGAAACUCCAGAAGCUCCCGGUCCCGCCGCUGCUGACAACAUGCAGGCGGAGUUUCGGGCUCCUCGGCGCCGGACCCGGGUGCAGGAGGAGUACGAGGCUCCGCUGCCGGUGAGCCGCAGCCCGAGGGAGAGGACCGACCUCCGGGCGGAGCUCAUCAACCUGCACGUGUUGGUUUGUCAACCGGACCACAUCCAGAAGAUCUACAACCAGGGAUACUUUGGGAAAGGGGUCUUGUCAAGAGCGAGACCAGACCACAGCAUCUUCGACCAAUGGGAGCAACACGAAGGUUCGUUUCUACCUCUCGUCUCAGAGUCCAGGUAUGAUGAGAUGCUAAAGUGGGCGGGAGCAGCUCUCUUCGCCCAGGGAUUGGACGAUGAGGCUGUCAGUCAAAUCCUGACGAGGCUCUCUCAGCCUGUAGAGAUGGAGGAUGUGAGGAGGGAGGAGACGUCGAGGUCAGUGGUCGAGCCGGACGUUAAGAGCAGCUGCAGCUCGUACCGGGACCCAGAGUCUGACCCUGAUCCUUUGGUUCGAGGUGCUGGUUUUGUCCUGGUCUGUGACAGCAAGGUCGGUGGGGGGGUCAGGGAGGUCAGACGGGCUCCGUUCUCUCUGUCCGAGUACCUGCAACUCAGCCUGGAGGAGGCCUUCUUCCUUGUCUACAGUCUGGGCUGCCUGUCUAUCUACCUGCACCAGGAGCCCCUAACAAUCAUCCAGCUGUGGAGGAAGUUCCGAUCCUUGCGCCCUGACUUCGUCAGCUCGUACGCAGCCUAUCAUCAUUUUCGCAGCAGGGGGUGGGUCCCUAAAGGAGGGGGCGGGGCAAAAUAUGGCGUUGACCUCAUGUUGUACAGGAAGGGUCCACCUUUCUACCACGCAAGUUACUCGGUGGUAAUUGAGCGCGUUGACGAUGCAUUCAUAGGCUCUGCAUUGCGUCCGUUUUCGUGGCGUUCUCUUGCCGCUCUCAACAGGAUCACUGCCAAUGUUUCUAAGAUUUGUUUUACAGGAGCUGAUGUUGUGCUACGUCAUCCAUCCAGCCGCCCAAUCAGAGGCUGAACUGGACUCACCUGAGUGUCUGAGGAGAUUGAAGGUUCAGGAUGUGAUCAUCAGCCGGUGGGUUUCCUCCAGGGAGCGGGCAGAGCAGGAUGACAUCUGAUUGGCUGAAAGGAGAUGAUGGAGGUCACGAGGAGAGGAGCUGAAAUCAGAUUUCAUGUAGUUCAUAGUUGUUUUUUAUCAUUAAAAUGAAAUAUGAGAAAA